AUAAGACUCCUCACAGACCAUAUCAUUUACUAAGCGCCAUAAGAAAUUACAUAACAGAUUUGUAGAAUCCUCUACAAGAACCAUGGUUAAGAAUCGAACACUCUUACUCUUAGUGGCUGUUCUACAGUUCCUGUCUUUGGUCAAAUGUCAAAGUUGUAAUGACUGCUACACAGGCAUGUUUGACUGCAGUAAAUCGUCCCCAAACUGCACUCCCUACGUGAAGGGUUACUGCUACCAGAAUGGGGUCUUCCUCUGUAUUGAACCUAAAAUGUGCCCCAGUUGUUACUUGCCAAAUAUGUCUUGCACCAAAACUGCACCAAACUGCAACAACGAACUUUUGGUAGAAAUGUGUUUCAUAAACAACGUACUUCACUGCGUCGAAAGGGCAGCACCACCAACAACAACCCCAGCACCAACAACUACUGUUCCAACAACUGUUCCAACAACUGUUCCAACAACUGUUCCGACAACUGUUCCGACAACUACAGCCCCAGCACCAACAACACCAGCACAAAAGGAAUGCUUGAGUCCAGACGUUACCAAAAACCUUGUUGGUAUGAUCGUUGGAUGUUUGUCAGUUACUUGUGAUAAAGCUGGCUGGAUACCCCUUAUGGGUCCUCCAUGUAGUAAUGGUGCAAACUGUUGCUUAAAAAAGCUUUAACGACAAUUACCAAAUAGAAAAUAAAGUAAAGAGCAAAUUAAACCGGAUUGAACCAGACCAAACCAAAACCAAACAAACCAGAGUCCAUCAAGUUGGUUGAAUCAAGAGAUAAGGAAGAAAUUAUAAAGACUGAUAAGAAAUAAAACACCAUCUGACUUAAUUAA